AUGUUAACGUCUCAUUUCGGUUACCCUGAAGAAGAUCCGUCUUCAAUGAUGAGCGGAUGGGAGGAUCUGUUUCGUACACAAUCAGAACCAGCAUUGUAUCGCAUGAUAAUGGAAGGAGAGUUGGAUCUUUGCCAAGCACUCAUACCGAUUGCCCCAUGCAUCCGCAAGAAGAUUUUUGCGCGACUAGCACAGGUUCAGGCGCAAAUUCUUGGUAUAUGGGACGCGAUUGCAGCCGAAGAUGAACGAACUCUCAAGCAACUGCUCUUUCAGAAGGAAAUGGCUUUGUGUAAAGACGGAAAAGGUCGUACUCCGUUACAUCUAGCUUACAGGAAGCCUGCUACGUCCGAACACUCUUAUGCAAAGAAGAGAAAUGCAUUAAAGACAUAUAAAAACGGAAGGAGAAAGGCCUAA